UGAUUUCUACCCUGCAGUUCCACCCAGCAGUCCCCACGAGUAGGUGCUGGGGUUGUAAACUGCUGUAAAAUGGCCAAAAUGCUGCAGAAAAUUGCCUUUACUUUUAUGACCCUGAUUUACAAGGUUGACCCUCAUUUUAUCCCAAAUGAUGGUCUUUUUGCAGCAGAUAUUAAAGUCCCUCUGGACCCUGCAACUCCACGUCCAGCCAUGAACCUACCAGAGUAUCAGAGAAUCACAGCUUCAGAAGUCCAAAUGGAUCUAUUCAGACCAGACCAGGAUCUUAAACGGGUACCUGAUUUACUGUAUCCUGUGUUUCAUCCAUCAGAAGCCAAGCCUCCAAAAUCUUCAACUUCUACAUACAAACCAGUGGGAAUGCUGUGCCACCUUGACCGCAUUUAUGUGAGAGUUUUAAAGAGCCUGUUUACCAACCCUGAUGCUUACAAAUAUCUCAAAGUGGGAAGCUGUGCUGUGAAUCAGGCCACAGAUACCCACUACUACGUUCUCUAUGCUCUCAAUGGCUGUGAUGGACAACGGCAAGAAAAUCAGGACAGUGUGAUCUAUUCCAACACUCUCCGCUAUGAGCCUGAAGAGACCACAGAGUUGGUGGUUCGAGAGCUGCCUUUUUCUGUGGGACUGGAGUGCCAUUACCACAAGCAUCACCGCUCCUACCAGUUGGGCUACUAUCCGGAAGUUUUUAAAGAAACCAUCUUCGUCGGGCUAACAUCAGGAGCGUCCAUCACACAUGUAGAUGAACGCGGGGAUGUUCUCCUCCCUGUACGUAGUUACAGUAUUGGUGAGCCCAUGUACUUUGAAGUCAAGGCCCACAGCAGGGAUACAGCAGGGAGGAGGGUUUACCUGAACAAGUGCUACAUCUCUGCUUCUGAAGACCUCACAGCUACACCUACCUAUACUGUGUUGGACAACUAUGGCUGCUUGGUUGAUGGCAAACAAAAUGCUCAAUCCAAGUUCUAUCCCAGCACUGAUGAGAGCACAGUUAGGUUCUCUGUGGCGUCUGUUUUGUUCAAGGACCUGAUCUCGCAGCCAAAAGAUAAGAGGAUCAUGUUUGUUCAUUGUGAGAUGACCUUGGGGCCACAAACACCAACUCCAAGUGCAAAAUCGUGCACAUAUGAUCUCAGUACUAAAAGGUGGACUGAGCUGCUGGGAGAUGACUCUGUCUGUACUUGUUGUGACACUUCCUGCCCUGCCCCAGAGUCCUCAGAUACAGCAACUAUGAUGAUUUCCAGCAAUCCUUGGGAAAUUGUAUGAGAAGGAUGACCAUGAGCAAGUGAAAACAAAGCAAGUCUUCUGUGCCAAAGAAAGCUACAGGUGUUGAGGGUACCUUUUGAUUUUUUUUUUUUGUCUCUGUUUAAUGGCCUGAAUAAAACGGGGACUAAUGAA